GAACACAGAUACUCAGUGUGCAGAGCCUGGUUUAGUUCCCCAGAAGAUGGAUUGAUUCUACACAGUGAGUAAGGAUGAAGCCAGCUCACAGAAAGAGUGAUAUGGAGCGUUUGGGUGUGUUUAUGGAGAUGAGCUACAUCUCUGCAGGAGACAAGUAUACGUCAGCAAACAGCCGUCCAUUCAAUGAGUCAGCAUAUCGAAACCGCCAGAUGCAGGCGGGUGUCACUAAACAGCUGUGUGCUCUGCAAAGUGGCUUUUUCGACAAGUCCUUUAAAAGGAUUUUUGAGAAAGAAGCACUGAGUGAACCUUUGAGACUGGCUCGGAGGAACCGGAUGCAGCAGGUCAAGAGGAACCUGGGCAAAGCCUUCCUGCCCUGCAGCGGGACCAAGACGUCCUCUGGUUCUGGUAGUUACUAUGGCACCUUUUCUGGACCAAUAGAAGCUACAAGUCCUCUGUCAGUUCCCAAGAAAGUUCAGCGCUCACCUGGCCGCAACAUUCUCACCUCACCACCCAAGAAAGGCAGUGGUUACAGUUAUCCUAAUGUCACUCUGUCUAAAAUGGACCUGUAUGUUUCUGACCCAUAUGACAGAGCCAAAGAAGCCCUGAAGAGGGAGGGAGCAAUCCAUCGCUCCAAACUAAGAGAUGGGCCCUUCAGAAUAAAUCUUCACCCACAGGUUUAUUUCCAAGGCAAUCCGUAUCACAGCGACAAGGCUCUCCCACCUGCUCAAAAGCCCCUCCAGCCCCAAAAGAACGUCUCCAUGGUUCCCUUCAAACCCACCUCCCCCAGCAAACAGAUUGGAGGAAUGAAAGCUGGAACAUUUGAUGUAUAUCCCUCACAUUCUGCUGAUCCAUAUGUCAUCCGCCGCUCCAAACCAGCCAGUCAAGAGCCAGUGUUUCGUCCUGCUCCUGGUCCCAAGAGCAUGCCAGUCAAAAGCAUCAUCUCCGUUAAUGUUAACAGAAGAAUCAACUCUGCAAACUACCGGUACACCACCAACUCAGCCGUGAUGAAAACCUGAUCACACUGUUGGAGCUGUUGUUUUUUGUUCCAAUGAAUUGGCACUUUUACAAAGCUAAAAUAACAAAUUCUGAGUGAUUUAGUUUUUCAAGUAAUAUGCAUUUCAAUUAAUAUUCUUGUUCUUUAUUUUAUUUUGAAUUUUGGGUUUUUAGUAAUAAAGAAUAAAGACAA